ACAAUAGGCGUAACUUCAGAUUCAGGGUAACAACCUUAAGCGGUAAAAACCCGUGGACUUUACGACGUAAAGUUUACGUAUGGUCGCAUGGAAUCGCUUGUGUUUGACGUUCAUUGAAGUGAAGUGUCUUGAAUCGAGAUCAAGACUAGCUGAAAUACUGACAGUUCUUUGAAGAUGUUUCCUGCAGAUUUGAGAAAUCAACGACAGGAUGCAUUUCUAGUAGGCAUAACGUAUGAGUGAGUAAGAACGGUGUUUAUAAUUAUUUCUGAGAAGUGUUUUUGAACAAGUAUAUUUCCUCUUCAGUUUCUUCUUCAAAACUCAUAGGCAAUGACAGAAACUCCACAUGACAACGACUUGUCAUGGAAACUAACCAAGAAGAAAAAUGGAUUUGAACCAAUGCAUGAUGAGAUUGUUCAUGGACUGAAAAUUCUUCACUGCCAAUAUAACCAGUUGUCUGACAGUGACAUUGAAAAAAUCAGAUUAGCUGGAUCUCUGAAUAUUAGACACCGCCUCAGUUAUAAUCAAAGAGUUUAUGCUUUCAUGUUCAUGGUAACACAAUUAAUAGAUUUCUGUAAAAGAUUACCAGGAUUCGACAAACUUUAUCGUGAUGACCAAGUGGCACUAAUCAAGAAUUGCGUGAACAGAGUCCUAUUGCUUCGUUUAGUUGAAACAUAUGAUGCAGAUUCUGAAACUAUAUAUUUUGCUGAACGUCCCUACACCCAAGAUAACUUUUAUGUUCUUGACAUGGGAAUACCCACUGUGGACAUGUUUGGUUUCUGUCGUCAGAUGCAUGACAUGAAAGUGGAUAGUGCUGGAUAUGCCCUAUUAACAGCAAUCACAAUUUUCUCAGGUUAA